AACAAACGUGCAUGUUAGUAAGUGUUAAUUGUAAGUAAAAAAACAAAACAAAAAAGAUCUUAUUCUACCUCUGUAUUUGUUUGUAAUCAUAGUAAGUCUGUCAAAAAAGCCUUUUGUGGAAUCGAGGAUAAUGGAACAAAAUACUGAGGAAGCUACAGAUAACAACUCUACAUUUGAAGAUGAACUUUAUUGGUGCCAGAGACAUCUAGAAGAAAAACUUAUUGCUAAAAGAGUGAGUCCUAGAGAAGCCCAGUCAAUAUUAAAGUCAUUAAAGCUUUUAAGUAACCCCAAAACUCCCUUUAUUAAAAAGAGACAAGUGAUGCGUCUUACCUGUGGAGAUUACAGACAAGCAAUGCAGAAGCAAGUAAAGGAAAUAGAAAAUUUAAUACAUGACUGUGAACUGGAUCAUGUAGAAAAUAACUCUUCUGGUCGUGUUCUUAGAAAAGCAGCAGCUUCAAGUAAUGAAACUGAAUCUCGUGAACCAGCAUUUUUGUUCAAUUUUCCACAACCAGAAGGUGGACAAGAUAUAUUUAAAUAACUUUUAUAUGUAAUGAAUUAAAAGAAAAAAUCAAGACCUUGUAGACUGUAAUUUUUUGUGUUCAUCUUGACUUUGGAAUACAAAAAUUUCGAUUGUAAUUAUGUUUUCAACAUUGACAUUAAAUCUGACGUUAAAUUUUUAAUUAUUCUUUUUCUUUCUUUUUUCAAUUCUCACUGUUCAUUUUAAUUUCUCAGUUUUUCUGUCUCCCUUUUGUACUUUAUGAUGAUAGAAACAAAAGAAACUUCAAUCUUUAAUGCUAUUUUAAAUUUCAUUUAUUUCUAAUCCUUUUAUGCUUUAUGCCACAACCAAUUCCCUUUGUGUUUAAUAAAUUAAAUCUGUACAUAGAAUAUGACAACCUAAAUAUGAUUCUGAGUUGGCUACAAUAUAUUAUUUACCACUAAAAAAUGGUAAAUAUUUUAAUUUGAAUUUUUUCGAAAAAUUUGUAAUUGCAUCUUUGCUUGCUGGAAAAUUUUUUUUAAUGAUAUUUUUCAGUUUAUACUAUCAAUAUUUGUGAAAAAUGUGAACUAAAAUGUAAACACUCUAGUUGUGUCUAAAUAUAGUCUUCUAAAAUGUAAGAAAAUUGAAAGAACAUUAGAUAUUACAUUCCUCUAUUGUUCUUUCCCAUCCUAUACUUUAAUGUACAAUUAAGUCGUCUCUAAUUAUUCUGGCCUUUAUUAAUCUUCAUGCAAAUGUGCCUUAAACAGAUAUUUAUAAAGAUAAAUAUGAAAAUUAAUAGAUGGAUAUAAAAGUUUUAUAUUCAGUUAUUAAUUUUUGAUAUAGAUCCUUCUAGUUUUGGUACAAUGUUAUAUAUUAAACACCUAUAACUUGAAACUGAAUGCAUUAUUCUUUCUUCAAUAAUGGUGUCAAACUGCUUAUUAGUGUGAUGUAUCUUCCAAUAUAUGUUUGAUUAAUUCAUGUUCAUUUUAUAAAAAUUUUAUAGUGCUCAGCAAUUUUAACAAUGUUAUAUAAGUUGAAAUGUGUAAAAAUUGCACUAACUAAUGUUUAUUACAAUCUUUUUUACCAAGCAACUGGAGAAUCAUGUUUUGUUUGCUACUUGUAAUAAAAGCGCUUUUCUUCUAGCAAAUUGCAAGUAUAAUAUUUCCAUCAGUAAAUCUACAAAGAUCUAAUUUUUUAAGAUUGCAAUUCAAUAUAUAGGACAAGUAAAAAAACAGGAUAUCUGUCUGAUAUCAAUAAAUAAAUUCUGAGAUGCAAAUGAUUUGCAUCUGAAAUAAUUAAUGAUUAUCAAAUGAUGUAAAUGAUUUGCAUCAAUAUACAAAAACGCCUAUUUGUAUAUAUAAAAUUUGUGAUUAAAAAAAAAGAAACUUUCACUCAUUAAAAAUAUUUAUAUAUGAUGUUGUUAACAGCAUAGAUUUUCUAAAGGUCAAUACCAGCUAUGUUUUUAACUCACAAUUUUCCAGUAUUUUAUGCUUCAGAGUUUGAAGCCUUCUUUAAAGUUUCCAAGAGCUUAGUUUAUGGCAUCAAAUUAGACAGUUUUAUUUAAAAUCAUAUGUUAUUACUCCUUUAAUGUUGAUGAAAUAAAAUUUCGUUAUUGCAUAACAAAAGCCUAAAAAAUAAAAUACACCCAGUAAGAUACUUUAAUUCUGUUUUUGAGAUGAAGCACUUUAGCAAUAUCCCCCCCCCCC